UAUUUGGAGAUCCGGAGCUCUAAUCCUAUAAGCCACUGCCAGUGGUCUUAACAGCACAAACGUGUUCACACUGAAAUGGCGGCCGCGGCUCUGUCGCCAGCCACCACUUCCCUCCGCCUAAAACCCUUCUCUGCCGUCCGCCUCCUCUCUCUCUACCGCAAAACCACCAAAACCGCGGCAGUCCCUAAUAGCUACCUCUGCUUCUUGCCGAAGCCUCCAACACAUUCCAUACCAUCACAUUCCGUCUGCCGCCGCCGCAGCUUCUGCUCUGUAGUUUGCUCCGCUGUUUCGUCUGGCGAAGCUGUCGAAAGGCCUUUAUCAGGGGACUUCGGGACAAAGGAAGUUGAAGGAAGCAGGAAAAUCGGGGAAUUCCGGAGAAGAUUGAGAAUCGCAGACAUAAAAGGAGGGCCUGAUGAGGGUUUGGAUCGAUUGGGUGAGACUUUAGUGGUUCGAGGUUGGGUUCGGACUUUGCGAGUACAGAGCAGCGUUACAUUUAUAGAGGUUAAUGAUGGGUCGUGUCUUUCGAAUAUGCAAUGUGUUGUGAGCCAGGAUGCUGAAGGUUAUGAUCAGGUGGAAAAUGGUCUGAUUAUAACAGGAGCAUCAGUAUGGAUACAAGGCACUAUAGCGAGCAGCCAAGGAUCAAAACAGAAAAUAGAACUGAAAGUUGAGAAGCUUGUACUGGUUGGUAAAAGUGAUCCUUCCUUCCCAAUUCAGAAGAAGCGAGUCACCAGAGAAUUUUUGAGAACCAAAGCACAUCUUCGUCCUAGAACAAAUACUUUUGGUGCGGUUGCAAGGGUGAGGAACGCUUUGGCCUUUGCUACACACAAGUUUUUCCAAGAAAAUGGUUUUGUUUGGGUCUCAAGUCCUAUUGUCACUGCCUCUGAUUGUGAAGGUGCUGGCGAACAAUUUUGUGUGACAACCUUGAUUCCAAACUCCAAAGAACCUACAAAUUCUCCAGUGAAUGAAAUCCCAAAAACUGAAUCUGGUUCUGUCGACUGGUCUCAAGACUUUUUUGGGAAACCAGCCUUCUUAACAGUUUCUGGACAACUCAAUGCUGAAACAUAUGCUACUGCCCUUAAUGAUGUCUACACAUUUGGUCCUACAUUCAGAGCAGAAAAUUCUAACACUUCCAGACACUUGGCAGAAUUUUGGAUGAUUGAACCAGAGCUUGCAUUUGCUGAUUUAGAAGAUGACAUGUCCUGUGCAGCUGCCUAUCUCCAGUAUGUAGUACAAUAUAUUCUGGAUAAUUGCAAAGAAGACAUGGAAUUCUUCAAUACUUGGAUUGAGAAAGGAAUCAUCAAACGAUUAAGUGAUGUUGUUGAGAAAAAGGUUGUGCAGUUGACUUAUACUGAUGCAAUUGAACUACUGUUGAAAACAAAAAAGAAGUUUGAAUUCCCAGUUAACUGGGGAUGUGAUUUGCAAAGUGAGCAUGAACGUUAUAUCACUGAGGAAGCUUUUGGUGGAUGCCCUGUCAUAAUAAGAGAUUAUCCAAAGGAAAUCAAGGCAUUUUACAUGCGGGAGAAUGAUGAUGGAAAGACUGUUGCAGCAAUGGAUAUGUUGGUUCCUCGGGUGGGUGAACUUAUCGGUGGAAGCCAGAGAGAGGAACGCCUUGAGUAUCUGGAAAAACGCUUAGACGACUUAAAUCUGAAUAAAGAAAGCUACUGGUGGUAUCUUGAUCUACGGCGCUAUGGCUCAGUUCCUCACGCUGGAUUUGGACUAGGCUUUGAGAGGCUUGUGCAGUUUGCGACGGGAAUAGAUAAUAUUCGGGAUGCAAUACCUUUCCCUAGGACACCUGGCUCAGCCGAGUUUUGAUACUCGACUCCCGCCAUCGGGUUUUAUUACAUCAGUAUAGUGUUCAGAAUAUCUGAUGUGCAUCAAUUUUUGCACCAGAGAUGGACAACAGAAUCGUGGCUUUUGAUUGGACAAAAUCCAUCCUCCGGUAUGUAACAUACACUUGAUUUCACUGCCAUUUCUGAUUGUUGGAUACUAAGAAAAGAAAAAAUAAAAUUUUCUUUUUAAGUUAAAAUAAGCAUGGUAUGAGUGUAUGACAGUAUGAGCUAGCUAUGGCUAUGGCCUGUGAGCUUUCUUAAUGUUUACUACAAUCACAUGACAA